GGCGCAUCGUUUCUAAUACGCGGUGACGUCACGUGAUGGCGCUCAUGUCCGCGCAGAGACAAGAUGGCGGCGCUACGAGUGUCGGCGUUGUCGGGGAGAGUUUUCCUCAGCGCGCCAAAAACUAUUAAAACCUCUAAGGCCGGAAUGUCCUUUGCUAGCCUUCCAAGGAGCAGAAAGGUUGCCCUGAUGACAAUAGGUGUGGUUACAGCUGGAGGGGCGGGACUUGCACUGAUGCUGCACCAGUCUGUCAAAGCAUUUGAGUUGGAGCUCCAUUGUCCUAGCUAUCCCUGGAGCCACGGUGGACUGGUGUCAUCUCUGGACCAUGCAAGCAUUCGGCGUGGUUACCAGGUGUAUAAACAAGUGUGUGCAGCAUGCCACAGUUUGGAAUUCGUAACCUACAGAAACCUGGUGGGAGUGGCAUACUCGGAAGACGAGGUCAAGGCCAUGGCUGAGGAGCUGGAUGUGCUCGAUGGUCCUGAUGACAAAGGAGAGAUGUUCAUGCGACCAGGGAAGCUGUCCGAUCAUUUUGCCAAGCCGUAUCCAAACCCUGAGGCCGCCCGGUAUGCUAACAAUGGCGCUCUUCCCCCUGACCUCAGCUACAUUCUCAAUGCCAGACACGGCGGAGAGGACUACGUGUUCAGCCUGUUGACGGGUUACUGUGAGCCUCCAGCUGGAGUCACCGUCAGGGAAGGACUCUACUACAACCCGUACUUCCCAGGACAGGCCAUUGCUAUGGCCCCGCCCAUCUACAACGAAGUGCUGGAGUAUGAUGACGGAACUCCUGCCACUAUGAGCCAGGUCGCUAAAGAUGUGUGUACGUUCCUGAGGUGGGCUGCUGAGCCGGAGCACGACACGCGCAAACGAAUGGGACUAAAGGUGAUGCUGGGCGCUGCCAUCCUGAUACCUUUGAUCUACCAGAUGAAGAGGAAUCGGUGGGCGACGGUGAAGACCAGGAAGCUUGCCUACCGACCCCCCAAGUAAAGGAAAACAAACGCACCCUAUGCCAGAGAGGGCUGCGUUCAUCAUCCUCACGCCUUCAGACGCAAACAAAACCACAAACGUCUCCGUAAGAUGCAGUUGAUUCGUGAGAAUAUACAAAUUGGUUCUCCAGAGCGAUGCCUUUUAGUUAACAUGUUUGAAGCGGUUGCGUGACAGAUGUUGAACGUAUCUGAACACUGAAAGUUGUGGAGUUUUUGAACACGCCUUGAACAAAGUUUGUUGGUUCUGGCACCACUUUGCAUCUCUGACACAUUGUCAGAAUCAGCCGAGAGUUGUUGUUUUAAAGAAGAAAAA